CUUAAACCCAGAGAGCUGUCCCGGUGUCCGCCUGAGGAGGAGAGGAAAGCAUCCCGCAGCAGCAGCAGCAUCACGGCUGCACCCUGACAUGCUCUGCGAGGUCCGGCUGCUUUAGCUCAGCAGGGGAGGGUGUGAGGCUGUGUGAGGCACGGUGAGUGUGUGUUUGUGUGCGUGUUCGUAAGAGAGAGAGAGAGCGCGAGGGUCAAACCACAAAGAGAUCCGCUUUUACAAGGUUAUUCAUCCCGGAGCUCCGGAGGCACAGGGAAGGAGCAUCCGCGCAUCUCUACCCCGGCUGUCCUGCACCUGCAGCGGGGUACACCCUCCCCACCUUCCGCUCCAGACUCGACCUACAAAACGGUGAGAACAGAAGCCUGGCUAUUGCGAUAGAGUCCGUUGUCAAGUGAAAAGACAGACAAAACGGUCCUGUUGCCAUGGGAAAACAGAACAGCAAGCUGCGGCCAGAGAUGCUGCAGGACCUCCGGGAGAAUACUGAGUUCUCUGACCACGAGCUGCAGGAGUGGUACAAGGGUUUCUUGAAGGAUUGUCCCAGUGGAACCUUGAAUGUGGAGGAGUUUAAGAAGAUCUACGCCAAUUUCUUUCCCUACGGAGACGCCUCCAAAUUUGCUGAACACGUCUUCCGAACUUUCGACACCAACGGCGAUGGGACGAUAGACUUCCGGGAGUUCAUCAUUGCCUUGAGUGUCACGUCACGAGGGAAGCUUGAGCAGAAGCUGAAAUGGGCUUUCAGUAUGUACGACCUGGAUGGAAAUGGGUACAUCAGCCGCGAAGAGAUGCUGGAGAUCGUGCAGGCCAUCUACAAGAUGGUGUCGUCUGUGAUGAAGAUGCCAGAGGAUGAAUCCACGCCAGAGAAGAGGACAGAUAAGAUCUUCAGACAAAUGGACCUCAAUAAUGACGGUAAAUUAUCUCUGGAGGAGUUUAUUAAAGGUGCCAAAAGUGACCCCUCAAUCGUUCGGCUACUCCAGUGUGACCCCAGCUCCGCUUCCCAGUUCUGAACCUGCCCAGCCGCAAGCCUGUUCUUUAUUAUUACUAUUUUUUCCCAAUCUUUCUGUUACUCAAAUCAACGCAUGAUGGUUCGCAUCUCUCAUAUCUUCCGUUCUGUUAUUGUUCGAUAGAGAGGUUAAGGAGAGAAGUGAAAAUCAUUUUUCUUUUAUAUGGGAGAAAAUAAAAGGACGUAUGUGUAUUUAUGGACUGGCUCAAUGAGGCGCCUGCUGAUGUUUCUGAAUAUCUCCAUCCAUAAACAGAGCGCAGGUCCAGAGAACCUGUUCCACUGUGGGGCUGUUUUCUGCAGGACGAGUGAUGACUCUGGUUCUUCUCUAUCACAUGUAUAUUAUGUAUACACUGUACGUCUGUGUACAUCACAAUAAUUCAUCAUAUAUGCGUACAUUCUCUGAUGAAAGGCCGAAUUCUAAAGCUCUGAUCUUAACAGGAAGUUGGUUUGGAAUAAGUAGAGGAGAGGUUCUUGGGAUUUUAUUGCUGUAUGAUCUUUCGCUGUGAAAAAGAAGGCCUAAGAUCCCAUUUGAUUUGUAUUGAUAUCUACUGCCAUUUUGUUUACGUUAAUUUUUUUGUCAUUUGUACAUAUCAUUUCAUUGUUUGUGUUUUAUUUAUUCAUUUUUAUUCUUAUGAGUUUGCUUUUACUUUUAUAUUUUAAGACGACCAUAUCCCAGUUUACACUGACAGAAAGGGAAUAAGUUGGGAGUUGAGGUCCUUUUUUUGUUUGUUUUGUUUAAAUCAUAAAGACUAAGAAAUCGCGGCAUCCCAUAAUGCAUUUGAUCAGCGGCGCCGGUAGCACAUAUCAUUUCAGCCGCGGUGUAUUUGCAAAGUACAGCAGUGCAUUAAAGACUGAAUGAGUGCGUGUGCAUGUGAAUAUACACUGUGUACUUGAUGCUAACUUUUACAGUAUUACCAUCUUGUGUUGUUUGUCAAAAUGUAAAGUAUCUUAAAGUUCUUUAAUAUCAAGCAGUAAACUUAAAAUAGGUGUAACCCAUCACUAUACUGCAUGAUCCCGCCAUCUGGACGGAGGUAAAACUCACGACGACAGUUUACGUCUUUUUGUAGCUCUGCAGCCGUCUCAGAAACGACUGACUCCUCCUCUGGCUCUCGAACAAUCCCCAUCCUCCCUUCCUGAAUCGUUUUUUCCCCUGACACAGAAAACUCACUAAGGGCUUGUUCAUCACUCUUUUGCUGAAUGCUUUUCUGUCUUCUAGAUUAGUCUGCCUGCAGAGCGGUCACAUGGUAAGUGUUUGACGAGGCAGCAGCAGGUUCACACACUUACCUGUUUGGAUUUUAGACACUGACAGAUAUCAGUGAAUCAAUACUCUGUGUAUUAGCGCUGCACUCUUAGGGUUCCUUACACUGAUUCUGUUUGAUGUUUUUAAUAAUUGAAGCAUUAAUGUCAACCAUUUAGACAACUGUCCUGCAUCUGAUGAAAUUUAAACCGUAUGGUGUGUGUGUUGUUAAAGUUUUCAUACGGUAUGAAUAAAAAGAAAAACUGUGUUACUGUGCACAUGUAAACCUAAAGCCACUGGUUGCAGCAUGGCCAGCACCACGACCAUAUGUUUCCUCCUGAAUCCCACUGGUGUCCCACCGCCGUCAUCAUCUUGGGUUUGGUGGAUUAAUAACACACUUUGGGUACGUUUUGGGCAAACAGGAAGUGCUAAAGAAAGCUUAGCAUAAUCAAGUAGAGAAAGUCAUAUGGAAGACCAUGAGGGCCACAGAGCAAAACAUAAAUAAAUGUUUCUGAGUACUUUUCCCCCUAAUUCUGAGAAAAGUCAGAAAAAUAUUUUAUUUAUUUAUUUAUUUAUAUUGUAGCUCUAAUCCUCUUCCAUAACUAACUGCUCUGCCCACAUUAACUAAAUGGUCAAAAUUAGUUGUUAAUAAAGUUGGGGUCAGGACCCUGUGGAUCCUGAAACAUCAAGAUGUAUUUCCAGAAUUAAUUACAUUUAUUAUAGUUAAUUAUAAACAACUACCAACAUAUUUUUUUACUUCAAUUGUUACAAAACAAUGAGGUCAGCGUACUUAAAAAUGUACGAAAUUAGCAUAAAACAGAUUGUUGGAUUUACUUUGUUAUGUCAACAAUGUCCAUUCAACUGAGUUGAGUAAAAGUAAAGUAACUUUCACAUUUAUUUUCAGAGAAACCGUAAAAGUAAUUUCACAUUCAGUGAGUGGAAAUUGUUGACGUAACUUGGUUAAGUAACUCCAACACAUCUAUUUGUUGAGUGUAUUGAUCUGACAUCGACGUUUAUCACCUAAAAAUAGUUGGGGGCACAGAUCUCUGCUACUGUUUUUUUUUUUUUUUUUUUUUGAGGCUUUAAAGCUAAAAAUUUGAAAACCAUUGAUCUAACACAUGACAAAGUCAAGGCCCAUGGGCCAGUUAUGGCCCUUACUACAAUUGUAUCCGGCCCAUAAGAUAAUAUUUAAAUGUAUUGGAAUUAACUUGUCAGUCUAUGACAAAUUGUCUUUUUUGCCUAAAAAACUGAACUAACUCGUUGCGCACUUUUUAUGGCAAUUAACUGUGAAGCUGAUAAAGUUUUAGAGGUUUUAGUUUUUCAAUCAUUUUGAAUGAAACAAGCAACAACAACAACAAAAACUGAUCAAACUCUUGCUAAUAAACAAGAAAAAAAUGUUUCUGUCUUGAGCUAAUGUGCAUCAGAGCCACAGAUAAUUCAAUUUAAAGUAUAUUAUCUUUUCCUGCAUUCUCAAUGUAAAGUAGAAUAUUAGUAUAACUGUAGGAUGGAUUUCCAUAGAAGGCUUUUUAAAAUAAUCUGAUUUCACGGAUUCAGGACAAGAUAAGUGAAGAACUGCAAGCAGAAAGCAUGGCAUAAGAAGUGAUGAUGUCAUUUAAAAUGUGAUCAUUUUGUUUUUAUUAGGAAACUGCUUGUUUUAAAUACUUUAUACUCAAACCCUAAUUUUACCAAUGUUCAUCAAAAUGCUUUUUAAUGAAGCUUUAUGCUGCUUUGAAUUAGUUAUUCCAGCAGAAAUCUUAUAUUUCUGCCAGAAAUGCCCCAAACUGUACCAGAAGUGCUACAGCUAGCUGCUGCUAUUUAUGCUUGUAAGCAACUGAAUUCUACCCAAAAAAAAACUUUUCUUAAAAUAGCAUUCACGUACGUAUCUUUUUUUUUUUUUUUUUUAGAUUGGAGUUGUUUUAACACCACAGCAAUCUGUUCAGCUCAGACUAGCCUUUAACUCGUCGAUCUGGUCAAAGCUGAGGUCGUUCAAAAAGCCAAGAUUGUUUUUCAUAAACUUUCCUCCAAACUCUGUUUGAAAAACGUCUGAGCAAUCGGUUCAACAAAGUGAAUCAGGAGAAAACCACAUCUCCACAUGGUAUCAAACUGUAUUAUUCAGACAUGGAAGUAUUGUAAACAACCAGUGUGAACCUGAGAGCUGUCCUGGUGCUGCGGCGUUCAAUUCAGUUUAAUACUAAAGUCAUUCUGCACAACAGCUUCCUAACCAGCCUCUGCUUCGAGGAUUCUUGAGUGUCACUGCCCUCUGCUGGUAGGAUAAGAAACAACAGCUAGUACUCUGGUCCUUUUCUACUACUCACUGCCUCUUGAUGAACUUGUGUUGGAUAAAUAAGACUCAUUAUUCCCUCCCCCUCCGUCCCCCACACUAUUUUUCUGUUGCAUGAAAAUCUCAGUCGAGGAUGCAAAUGUUUGUUCUGUUGGACCUAAUAUCAAAAUAUAUUUCUGUGUUUCAAAGCA